AUGCUUGCCGGUCUUCUGAUCGCCGUUACGUCGAUUUCCCUGAUGUUUGUCGGCUUCAUCGCCACGCGGGCAUCAACGCAACAGACGAUCGCCAACGAAGAGCGACUGUUUCAAAGUGUCGUCUCGGAUCGACUGCGCGCGAUCGUGCGGGAGCAAAUCAGGAUCACGUCAUCCGACACAUCGGUCGAAAACCUGGUGCGAGGCUUCAAUCCUGCCUUUGCGCGGCAAAGCUUCGAUACGCUCUGGACCGACUACAGGCACGACAAGAUCAUGUUGAUCUCCGGAGACAAAAAGGUCCUCGCGGAGUCCUUCGAAGACUAUACGCACAUCAUCAAGCGGCCCCUGGACGAGACUCCCGAACUCGAGAUCAUUGUUCAAAAACUGACCGCGAAAUACAUGCGCAACCGGGUCCGUGUUCCAGGCGGCUUCGGGUAUCGUUCGCUCCUUGAUAUUGAUCCGAAGGACUAUGCGUUGAUGGGAUAUGUCCGCAUCGACGGCAAGCCCGCCAUAUUCGGCGCAAUGCCGGUCAUUCCGGACAAGUUUCACACAACGCUUCCAGACGGACCUCCGACGAUACUGCUAUCCGCGCUCUACAUCGACGAAACGCUACAAAAGCAGUUGAACUCUCAACUCGACUUCACUUCCUUUGCAUUCAUCGACACUGUUUCCGCUGACUAUGAUGGGCCCAUCCAUCCCGUCUCGGACCAGACCGACAUCCCGCUGGGUGCGUUUCGCUGGGAAAGCGAAUCCGCCAGCACAUCCAUCUGGCCAACGAUCAUUCCGGUCAUCGCCAUCUUGAGUGUUGCGCUCGGCGCACUCGCGUUCGGGAUUGCCUGGCGCAUAGGCCUGCUGACGACCUCUCUUCAGGUGAGUGAGCAACAAAACAGAUAUCUCGCCCUCCACGACACGCUUUCAGGCCUCGGAAACAGACUGCUGUUCAAUCGGGUUCUGGAUACGUCGGUAAAGGAACUUCCCGAAAAGCACUUUGCCGUUCUUCAUUGUGACCUCGAUAAAUUCAAGUCCGUGAACGACACCUUCGGGCAUGCUGCGGGAGAUGAAGUCAUAAGGGUGGUGGCGCACCGGAUGCAGGAAACAGUGGGCAGACAGGGCCUCGUCUGCCGGAUCGGUGGUGACGAGUUCAUGGUGAUCUACCGCAAGGAAACGGCAAAAACGCAGUUGCAGACGCUAUGCCGUACGCUCGUUGCUUCCGCCCAGGAGCCCAUUUCAUGUGGCGACGGCACAACGGUAAGCGUCGGCCUCAGCAUCGGGAUCGCCUGCGCUCCCGAGGAUGGUUCCGAAGGGGAGCAGCUUGUCAGCCGAUCAGACGCCGCUCUCUACCGGUCCAAAGCCAUGGGCCGCAGCCAGUUCACGUUUUUCUCCGACAUUCCGACACGGGACGCAGACGAAUGUAAAUCCUCUGCCCCCGAUAAAGCCGGGCACGUGGAAACCUACAGCAAGGCGGCAGGCUAA